UGGAUUCCUAAAAUCUUCAAGAGCUGCACUCUCCGCCCCACUCGAAGACCGCUCUCUUUCUCUUCUUGUUCAACACCUACGGCACCAUUCAACCUCACCGUUUAUUGAGCCUGAGAGGCUCUGCGCGGUCUGCUGUGCAGUUGCACAGCAAGUGGUUGUCGCCAUGUCGGCCGACACGACGACCCUGUUGACGGAGACGACAAAUUCUACCACGACGACGAUAUCCUUCACAAACUCCUCCACCUCCUCCACCACACUCACGACUACGACGACUUCAUUAAUCCCAACCACAGAAUCCACCACGACGACCACUGAGCCGACGACGACGACGACUACCACAAUCACAACUCCCACCAGUAAGUUACCCUGCUACUGCCUGAUUCCUGCCGUGUUUCGUUUGUCUGCUCUUGCCUUGCUACGGAGAUGCCUCUGUAACAAUCGAUUGCGGCAGCAACCAUAAGCACCUCCUCCACGUCGGCGUCUCCUCCUUCGUCUUCCCCAUUUUCAACUUCAUCUUCCAUUCUGGGCGUCACUUCUUCAUCAUCGCCCUCUUUUUCUGGCUCGAGCUCUUCCUCAUCUACCUCCGCUUCAUCAUUGUCCGAAGCUCUUUCCACUUCCAUUGCCACUCCCCCGACCACUUCUCCCACUCCUUCCCCUUCCUCUCCUUCGAGCUCUAGUGCGGCAAGUACAACUCUUGUGACAAGCUCAACUACCACCUCGUCUGAUCCCCCAACGACAUCGUCCACUACAACAACCACUCCCCCACCAAUCACUACCACUACUACUAGUGAGUGUGCACUGGCAAUUUUCUCAUGUUUUAUCCCUUUGCCCCAAUCAUCUCUUGUACAGGUUUUGGAUGGGUUUCCUAAUUCAAUUACCUUGCCCAGCGUCGUCCACCACUACGACGACUUCUGUCUCCCCCACCCCCGUGCCCACUACAACCACAAGCACCAUCUCCUCGUUGCCUCCCACAAGCACCACCACUACCUCUCUCCCAACCUCUACCGAGUCGAGUACAGACCCAAUAACAAGUUCAGCUCCUCCAGUCACUACCACCCCAACCACCACUUCCGAGCCUCCUCCGCCAACUACCUCUUCCGAGCCACCAACCACAUCCUCUGAACCCGAAACCACGUCCACCAGCGAACCUCCUGUUAUCAUCACCACCAGUAGUUCUUCAAUCUCUUAUUCUACCAGUACCCACUAUGUCACUGAAGUGCUCGAGACCACCGAAAACGGUGUCCCAGGUUACACUACCGUCACCUCAGUCGUCAUCGCCUCGACACCUGCCACCACAAUCGUAGCCAUUGGCACUAUUACCAGUACCCCCGGUAGUACACCAUCCGUUGCCGCCGCAUCGGCAGGUGGCACAAGUUCUGGUGGGUUGUCAACCGGAGCCAAGGCUGGCAUCGGCGCUGGCAUCGGCAUUCUAGUUUUAGUCGCAGCUAUUUUCGGAGGCUGGUAUAGUUGGUAUAUGCGACGACGAAGAAAGAAGCGAGAUUCUCUAGAUGGCAUCGACCACUAUAACGUCAACUCCAUGCCGGGCAUGGGCGAAUAUGGAAGUGCCUAUGGUGGUACCGCCCUCGGAAUGGGAACAGGGGCCGCCGCUGGUGCUGCUGUUGCUUACUCAGAUCGAUCCAACAACCGAUCCGAGCUCACGUCUUCUACACAAGUACCCUCUCCACCGCCCCGAUCUCCCGAUAGAUUGCUCCCUGGAGGGUUGGCCAAACGAGUGAGCUCAUCUCACAAAUCCGUGUCGGAUCAAAGUGACUACUCGCAAGGCGCCAAUGAUCCGUCACAGCCACUAGGAGCGGUCAACGAGCUCCCCGAAAACCAGCGUAACAUUUAUCAACUACCUGACGACCAAUCCCACCAAAGACACGUGUCCCUUGGCGGUACAACAGUGUCCUCUUACCACCCAGCAAAUGGGUACGAUGCUGGGACUGGGACUGUGUCAAGUACCGGAUCGCAUGAGUUGCCCGGAGGCGAGCAAUCGCCACAGCCACAGAGGUUGUCUAAUAGGGUUCCUGUGCGGCCGGGACAUUAUUCCGCCUCUUAUAAUUUCUGAGUUUGGUGUUCCAGCUAGUUCCAUAGCACAAAGCUCUUAAUUCUCCA